AUGAAUGAUUAAUUCAUAAUUUGUAAUAAAUGCUUGAAACAGAUUUCUCAGGUAAAUGCGAUGAUGCAUUAACUCUAUUGUGAAAGGAAUACUUAAUAAUGUGAGACCUGUGGAUAGUAAUUUGAUGUUACUGAGGAAGAGGAGCAUAUUCAAAAUGUUCACUUGCCUAAUACUUGCAAAUAUUGUCAUACAUAUAUAAAGGAUUUUAAUAAUCACACUUGUGCUUAAUAACCGCAUAAUUGUGAAUAUUGCUAAAAACAAUUCCUGUUCAGUUAGUUGUAGGAUCACAAAAACAAAUGUGGUCAAUAACAAUAUAAAUGUAAGUACUGCGAGUAAAUGAUAUUCAAUAAAGUGAGGAUUGAGCAUACGAAAAAGUGCCAAAUUGCAAUUUUAGGGCAUCUUGAAUUCAUUUGUAAAUAUUGUGGGGAGAGUUUAAUAUCCAAUCAAUUAUUGAGUGAACAUGAAUCUAUUUGUUAGUUUAAGCCUUUUGAAUGUCCGUAUUGCUACUUAUAUUUUGAUGAGCUAGAUAAGGAGGACCAUUUGUAUUACUGUGGAAGCAGAACUGCUGAGUGUGCCUAUUGCAAAUCAAAGUUGAUUUUAUCUCAAAAGGUCGAGCAUCAACUAGAAUGCGUUCGAAGAGGUUUAAUGGCAAAGUUCAAUUUAAAGAAAAAAGAGAGUGUAAAUAAGGUGGAAUUGAUUAAAUAAUGCGAUGAAUUCGAAGAGGAUUAUGAGGCUUACAUGCAAUAAGUGGAGGAUCAAGAUUAUGAGAACUAUUAGGAUUAAUGA